ACAUGGGAGUGGGCAAGAUUUGAGUCUAGCGCGCGGAUCGUGCAAGUUUAGUAAACAGUUGGAAGUAUUUAUGCGAUGGUUAUUAUUCAUAAAGCGGAUUAUUUAGAUGCCAGCAAGUGUUUUAUAAUUAAUGAUUAUGUGAUCAAGUGUAAUAAAAUCAUCGGACGACACUUAUUUUAUUGUGACAUACACAGACAAACAAAUUUCAGUGGUUCAAAUCCUGGUUGCUGCAGGUGGCAAAACGCUAGGUACUGUGAAGAUCCUUCUAACAAAGUGUCAGAGUAAUAACAAUUUACAAUGGAGAUGGAAGGAGGAGUGGAGAGAGAUAACUUGUCAUACAGGAACCAUUACUAUAAGAUUGCAGUCACCGUGGUCCUUGGAUUUUCGAAACCAUUGUAUAGAAGACGCGUUUAGAUGAGUUAACGCUAAUUAUAUACCUCCGAAAGUAAAUUGUAGGUAUACCAUCACCAAACGUAUACAAUAUAAACUCUUAAAUAAUAAUCGAUAGUUGUGUGCGAGUCGUUUUCGCAGUUUUAUUGUGAUUUAGUUUUUAAACGAAAUACGUGAUAUUAUGUAUAACUUAAACGUAAAUUUGGCCCAAUCGGCGGCCGACGCCGUCAACAACCUGCUAUCGGUGGAUAGCGCCUGCACAACCCCCAGGACGCCGGAAAUAUUAAAUUCCUUAAUAGCCAUGACCAAUCCGUUAGAUAAUUAUACGUUCGGUGACGAUGUCACUAAGACCACGAACGGUCCGUUAACGACAAUGUCCAAUGAUUCCAACAGUUCGAGUUGUAGCCAAAUAGAAUCACCGACGACGACACCGCCAAGUAUCCAACACACUUGUUCGCAACUAAUUAAAGCUGGACUCAAACUUUCGAUCGAACAGAAACGCAAACACAAUAGCGAAUCCGAAGAUCUUCUGGAUCUGGACCAUUGCAAGCGGAUCAAAAAAUCGGAAUCGGAUUCUGAAGACCGAAGAAAUGAUGGGUUAACCGCUGAAGAUGAAGAGCGACGAAGACGUCGACGGGAAAGGAAUAAAAUCGCGGCGACAAAAUGUCGACUGAAGAAACGAGAGAAGACGAUCAAUUUGAUUCAGGAAUCCCAAACGCUCGACGACCAAAACGUGGACCUGAAGAAGCAAGUCCAGGAACUUCAAAAUCAAAGGCGACAACUCGUGGAAAUGUUAUCUUCGCAUCGAUCUACUUGCAAGCACAACAUACCAAGAGCGACAAGGGACAAUGUUACCCCCCGACUACCGCCGUUGUUUUCCUUAUCGAAUGCAGUGAUAGAAACGAAUCAUUCCUAUAGUCGCCCGGCCUCCGUCGACACCUUCAAAGCUCAAACUAUUAAUAUAUACAACCGUCCUGCAAGUGUUGGUGUAGUCAGUGAUAUAACUUACACUCGUUCCAUGAUCCAACUUAACAAUAAACUUCCAAACAUAAUUAUAGAAGAACCCCCAGUGGAUAGUUACCAGCCCCAAUUUACUAAUCUUGACGACCCAGAGUGUUUAACGUAUCAAUACAAUAAUCAACCAUGCCAUAAUUAUAAUGGAAAUAAUAAUCAAAACUAUAACAGCACGGGUUUUGAUAACGGGUGUAUGGCGUAAUUGCACCUUUGCAUGUUGUCAUCGCAACACUUCUAACUGAAACCCCUAACCCAUACUAAAAGUGAAAAAAAAUUGAUUUAAUUGGGUUAGGUGUAGUAAGUUGGGACGUGGAGUGUGACCAACUGCUUCCACUCUAACCUCAUUAUUGUUACCAGAUCUGUCAAUUACCAAUGAAUGGUACUUCAUUGUUAAUUAAAUGGUGCACAAUAUACCUAUACAGCAUUCCACAUAGGAAUAGUAUUUUCAUAUGUUACAUUACUUUUGAUAUUACUGCCAAAUUUUGAGAGUAUACGUCUUUUAAUACAGGAUGUCGCUUCAAAGCUCACACUAGUCUUCCAGAGCUUGGCUGUUUUAUGUUAUUUUCGUUCGUGCAAUGCCAACUUGCUGGUAGGAAGUGCAAUUUACUAGAAUGAUCACCAGAUUUCAGUACUGGUCCAAACUGUCGACAGAAUGUGGUGCGAUUUCUAGUAAUUUGCGCCUGGGCCACCGCAGAUGCGCGAUGUGCUAAAUCAAAAGCAGCCUCACAUACUUUUAUUUCUCCGAGGCACACGAUCUAAUUUUGUUCAAAUUAGACUAGAAUUGGCGUGACAUCCUGUAUCGUUUUGUUUUGUUUUGCGUAUUUUUUUACUUACAUAUUCUAUUUUUAUGUAGUUUAAAACUACUUAUGUACCUUUUUUCCAGUCAUUGGUUAAACUCGUAAAUGUUUAUCUGGUUUUUAAAUUUAGCUUAAGUUUUUUUUUUAUCAAAGGGCUCGUUGCGCAAUUUUUAUAGUAUUUUAUUAUAUUUAUCUGUUAGUAAGAAUCGUUUGUUUAAAAAUUGCGUAACGACUGCUUUAUACUUUAAGUAUUUCUCGCCUCUUAAGCAAUUUAUGAUACAUAAAUUUGCAUUAAGAUUGUUGCUUCCAUUAAAAAUAUGUCUGAAAUUGUUGUGCGCUUAGUAAUAUUUACUUUUCCCCUUUUUUGUAAAUGUUAAAAAUAGUGCCUUUAUCACAUUACUUUGCAGCAAUAUCUUUAGAUUACCCAGUGUUGAAAAAGACAAGAUAAACCUUAAUCUUAUUGUGAUAUGCUUGGGCAGUAAGUUUUCAAAACUCUGCGUCUAUUUUUGUAUACUUACGUUGUGUAUUCACUCUUUUUUAAAAUACGCAUGUGCCAUUUUGUUAUUAUAUAUUAUACGAAUAUGAGAUCAUUUUCUAUUUUUCUAUGAAAUUUUAAAAUGCUUCGAUUCUUUAUUUU